GACAGCGUGUGAAAUUGCGUUAAAAUUUCUCUAGUUAUUUCGCUGCGGAAAAUUUAACUUUCUUAUCUAACGAUUUGCAAUUUAUGGAAGUUUCUUUAAAGAUGUUCCUUUCGGGUUAAAUAAACUUUUCUGUCAAUUUUUAGUAGGGAGUUCCAUUUGUAUAAAAUUUGAAAUUAAAGGAGAAAUGAUGGAAGAAGAAUUGAAGGAUAGUAUUGAUAAACUAGUUGAAGAACUACGGUUCUUGGUAAAAUCUGAGAAAAAAAUUGAGGAUAUCAACCAAGUGUUAGAUUCUAUUGUUAAUGUUAGCAAAACUUCUAUUGAAGAGGGUACUGAGUUUACUAUAGAUGAUGUUUUUUUAACUUUACUGUGCCAUGAAUCUAAAGAAAUUAUUGCAAAGACUGCAAAAGCAAUUGCUGAAAUUGCAAAAAGUGAAAAAGGAAGAGAAAAAUGCACUAGCACAGAUUUGGUAAAUGCAUUAUUAGAUCUGUUGAAAGAAGAUCAUAUUGAUGUAUUGACACAGACUUCCAGAGCUUUGGGGAAUAUUUGUUAUGAGAAUGAAAAUGGUAAAAAGUUUGUUGAGGACAAAAAUGGAUUGAUAUCGAUUCUGGCAGUAUUGGAAAAAAGUAUUACAUUGAAAGAUGUAGAAGGUGUACCAUUUCUUCGCAAUGUUGCUGCAGGACUUUUGCUAAACUUUCUUGACCAACCAUCUCUUCAUAUAGAGGCAUUGAAACAAGAAGUAGUACCAAUUAUCUGUAGUAUUUUAGAAAUCGAUGGAAGUACAGGUGGAGAGGCUGCAAUGCAUUCUCUUUUGAUACUAGGAAUAUUAAAUGAUGCUAAUAUAAUAUUUUUAGACGAAAGGCUUACACAAAUUUUAGUAAAUAUUUUGUCCACUUAUACGUCAUCAGAACUUUCUGAAACGUGUUUAGAACUUCUUCAUGGGCAAGCAGAAGAUGAGAAUGCAAAGUUGCUUCUUGCCAAAGCAGGUGUUUGUGAAUUAUUGUUAAAAUUAUUGGAAAAGCAUAGUCCAUAUUGUACAGAUGAAGAAACAAGAUCUGUGUUGAAGAUUGCUUGUAAUUUAAUUAUUCUUAUAUUAAUUGGAGAUGAUAGUAUGAACUAUCUAUACGAUCAGAGUAAUGGUAUUGCAUAUAAAAAACUAGUUGAGUGGCUUGAAAGCGAAGAUAAAGAUUUACAAAUUACAGCUGUACUGGCAAUGGGCAAUUUUGCACGUACAGAUACUCACUGCAAACUCAUGGUUGCACAAGGUGUUCACCGUAAUCUUCUGAAACUACUUCAAAAAAAUAAUACAGACGUCGCUGAUAUAAGAUCUCAACAUGCAUUACUCAGCGCUUUGAGAAAUCUUGUUAUUCCUGCGGAUAAUAAACCUGUAAUAUUAAAAGAUGGAUUAAUAGAUGUCUUAUACUCUAUGUUGAAUGUUUCAUCUUAUUCAGUUGUAUUUAAACUACUGGGCACUUUAAGGAUUGUCAUUGAUGGUCAAAGCGAAGCGGCCAUUGAGUUAGGAAAAAGAGAUGGUUUAAUGAAAAAGGUUGUCAAUUGGUGCGAAGUUGAGGAACAUCCUGGAGUUCAGGGCGAAGCAAAUCGUUUAAUUGCUUGGUUGAUUAAUAAUAGCAGAAAUAAAGAAAUAGCAUUUUUGGCAAUGGAGCAUGGAGCUGUGAAAUGUCUAAUUAAAAUGUUAACAGCACCACAUAUUUUAAUGCUAAAUGAAGCUUUAAUCAGCUUGAUGAUAUUGACUGCAACUUCCUUGGUUGAAUGUGAGAGUCUUCUUGUCAAGGAUGAUAUAGGAGAGAAACUUUGCAAACUCUUUAGUACUUCAAAUAAUUUAGAAGUAUCAAUUUUGCAUAAUGUUUUAAGUCUGGUAGAUAAUAUUCUUAAAUCAGAUGCCUUAAAAGAACAUCUGCGGAAAACUGAUUUAAUAACAUUAUGUCAAGAAACAAAUUUAAUCAAAGAAGAACCAAAACUUUAUGAGAAAUUGGAAAAAAUUCGUGAAAAAAUUGUAUAAUGUAUAAGUAUCAGGGAAAAAGCAGAAUUUGGAAACUUAUAAUUAUAAAUAUAUAUGAGACAAACAAACAUCUAAAAUAUAAAACAUUUUUUAAUUAAAUGAAAAUAAUUCUUCCUAUUCUUGUCUAAUGAUCAAAAUGAUGCCAAUAUAACAUCAAUAUACAUUACAGUUUAUACGCAUAAUGAAAUUAUCAUCAAAAAAUCAUACAAUAUAAUAAUUUUUAACAUUUUUCAGUUUUAAUAUUUUUCUGAUUGUACAUUUUUCUGUUAUAGAUGUACUUCCCGCAUACAUAUACGUGUAAAAUUAUUUUGUAUUAAAAGUCAUAGUUCUCAAACAUUUGACGUGUAUAUGUAAUAUAUACAUAUGAUGUAGAAAAUUAGUUUAAAAUUACUUCUCAAAAUUAACUUUACUAUUUGUUGUAAUGUGAAGAAUAUUCAUCGGUAUCUCAACUUGUUUAUUAAACAACUAACAUAAAGAUUACUAAUUAUUUAGUACAUGUAUCUAUGUAUAAUUAUUUUUUAUUUAAUCUAAAUGUGAUCAUUUUCUUAUAAAAAAAAAGGAAACAGAUAUUAUAAAUUUUUGAACAUGUGUACCAAUGUAAGUACAUAGGUUUAAGAAACUGACCAAAUAAUAUAUUUUAUGUAAUUAAUUAAUAAUAAAUUUACAGAUUAUAAUUUCUGAUAA